AUGGAAAUCUGCAGGGGCUCCCGCAGCUACCUAAUCUCUCUCCUCCUCUUCCUCUUCCAUUCAGAUGCAAUCUGCCACCCCUCCGGAAAGAGACCCUACAAGAUGCAAACCUUCAGAAUCUGGGACAUUAACCAGAAGACCUUCUACCUGAGGAACAACCAACUGAUUGCUGGAUACUUGCAAGGACCAAAUACUAAAUUAGAAGAAAAGAUAGAUGUGGUGCCCAUUGAUCCUCACGUUGUGUUCCUGGGGAUCCACGAAGGGAAGCUGAGCCUGUCCUGUGUCAAGUCUGGGGAUGAGACCAGGCUCCAGCUGGAGGCGGUUAACAUCACGGACCUGAACAAGGACAAGGAGCAGGACAAGCGCUUCACCUUCAUCUGCUCAGAGAACGGCCCCACCACCAGCUUUGAGUCAGCCGCCUGCCCGGGCUGGUUCCUCUGCACGGCGCUGGAAGCUGAUCGGCCCGUCGGCAUCACCAACAAGCCCGAAGAACCCACGACGGUCACCAAGUUCUACUUCCAACAGGACCAGUAGCACUGUCCAGACCUGCCCGGCCCCACCCCAGCUCACGGAUAAGUCUGGGGCCUGCCUCCCCACCCCUGCCUGGGGCUCCUGGCCAGCUUGGGUCUCUGAUGAGCAGCCUUUGUGGGCUGGA